UGACAUCACAGCUCUGUCAAUAUAAGUGAGCCGCACACAGCUGCUCUCUGACAGACAGACGUCAUGUGGUGUCGAAGUUUCCUGCAGCAGACGGUCCGAUCCAUGGCGACCAGCCGACAGGCGGGCAUCCUCUUUGACAUAGAUGGCGUCCUGCUUCGCGGUGGCUCGUUGAUUCCAGCAGCUCAACGAGCUUUCCGGAAGCUUGUGGACCAAAACAACAACUUCCUUUUUCCCAUUGUCUUUGUCACCAACGCAGGAAGCUGUCAGAGACAUGACAAGGCCCAGCAGCUGUCUCACCUGUUGGACAUCCAGGUUGCCCCAGAGCAGGUGGUUCUUUCCCACAGUCCUUUGCAGAUGAUGAAGAGUUUUCACGAUAAAUGUGUCCUGGUGUCUGGACAGGGACCAGUGACGGACAUCGCCAACACUCUGGGGUUUCAGAAGGUGGUGAGUGUGGAGCAGCUCAGAAAACACCACCCUCUGCUGGACAGGAUGGAGCACAACAGGAGCCCAUCACUUCCUGCGUGUCCUCUUCCGACUCUCCCCCGGAUACAAGCUAUCAUCCUGUUCGGAGAGCCAAUCAGAUGGGAGACCAACCUGCAGCUGCUGAUCGACGUGCUGCUGACCAAUGGAAGACCAGGCUGCAUGUACGAAGCUCAGGUGGCGUCCCAGCUGCCGGUGCUCGCCUGUAACGUGGACCUGAUGUGGAUGGCCGAGGCGCCAUCACCACGGUUUGGUCACGGGAUGUUCCUGCUGUGUCUGGAGUCAGCCUACAGGAAGCUGACGGGCCAUGAGCUGCAGUACCAGGCGCUGCUUGGAAAACCCGCCCUGCUGACAUACCAGUACGCCGCUCGUCUGCUGAGGCUGCAGAACCACCACCAGCUGACCACCAUCUAUGCCAUCGGCGACAACCUGAUGACAGAUAUCUACGGUGCUAACCUGUUCAACCGCUACCUGGCUCAGCAACAUGCUGCUAUGACAACUACCACCAAGCUUGUUGCCAAGGGAAUGGGGAGUCAGGUGGCAAUGGUGAUGGCGGAGGAGGAGGCGGCGUGUCCAGCUGCUCAGUGUCGAACCAUUCUGGUGUGUACAGGUGUCUAUAAUCCUCACUCUCCGUUACCUAGCGACCGCAGCAACGCGGUCACGGAGACGAUCUUCCACGGUCACAGAGACCUAGUGCUGGAGCCUGACCUGGUGGAGCCGCAUCACGUCGUGGAGGACGUGGAGGCUGCCGUCGACCUGCUGCUGCAGCAGGAGAACUCUCCUACCUGACCUCUUACACCACAUGACACCACCUGACACCUCUGAAAACACCUGACACCUCUGACCUCUGACACACCUGACCUAUGACACCUCUGAAAACACCUGACACCUCUGACCUCUGACACAAAUGACCUCUGACACACCUGACCUAUGACACCUCUGACACCACCUGACCUCUGACACCACUUGACCUCUGACACCACUUGACCUCGGACACCUCUGACACCACUUGACCUCAGACACCUCUGACACACCUAACCUUGGACUUUAACCCUUUAACACUGAAUAAUCUUUAUUGGUCUAACUUCUGUUUAAUAUGAUUCUAUUAUUAAUAAUUUAAUUACAUGUGGAACUUUCAUAUUUUAUAUUUUACUGAAAUAAAAAACUUCUUGUGAAAAGAAAUUAUGCUUCAAUUCAUCAUCCUCAGUGUUCAGAGGAGUUACAGACAGAUAGAUGACAGACAGAUUGGACAGAUGGAUGGACAGAUACAGAGUAACUGAAUCAGAAAUACUUUAUUAACAUUAACAAUAAUUUUUAUUAACAGCACCACCUGAUGGUUGGAGACAUGUUGAAAUGACAGAAAAUAAAAUAAAAACAUGUUUUAUUUUACAUAUGAACAGUUGUAUUUUACAUUUUAGUGUUCAGUUCACAUCUUUACUUUUUUUCAUUUGUAAAUUCAAAUUCGUAAUUUAUUUUAUUAGUGAUUAUUUUACUGUUGGAUCCAUGAACGUAGGGAACGUGUUUCAUAUCAAUGUUUAAAAACAUCUCCACCUCCGUCACCUCAUCACAACAGUCUCAUCUGUUUGGUCUCAUUUAUUUAUUUAUUUAUUGUGAUUGUUAGGAGAUUUGAUCUGACCAAUCAGAGUGCCCUCUGGAUCAAAAGAUGAUGAUGAUGAUGAUGAUGAAGGUGAGCUUUUAUUGAUAACAGUAAAAUAUAUUGUUAAACUGUCCU